AAAAUAAACUUAUGUGGUCUGUACGUUGUUUGUCAAAAGUUUGGCUUCGAUCUUAUAAUUGAAGUUAUACAAGAGGAAACUUUGUUGGUGCGUUUAUGCACCAUUGGUUUUAACAGUUAAGUAUUUUCCUGUUCAGACAAGUUAGCGCGAGAACUUGACGUACGCAGUACGCAUUUGCAGGUGUUUACGUUAGUUGCGUUUUAGUUGUGUUUAGUGCAUACCAUCGAGAUAUGUACAUACAUCCAUCUUAAGAAUGUUAUUUCGAAGAUUUCUGACUCAAAGUGAAUUGGAAGCUGCCGUUGAAGAAGCUGGACAAGAACUGUACAACUACAGAAAAGGUGCUCUUGAUGCUGUUUACAUACCUCCAGAUGUAGACAAUGUAACUGACGAGGAGGAUGUAGAAGAUGAGCUACUACCCGAAAUUGAUGUACCAGGUCCUUCAGACAUUGCUGGUACAUUUGAACUCCAUGCAUUUAUGAAUGAAGAUGAUGGUGCUGAAAUCCCAAACAUAGAGGAAGCCAUUUUUUUUGACGAUGAUGGAUUCGAUACUUCCGAUGAUGAGUUUUUGACGUCAAAAAAAUUGCGACUGGUUCCUCCCCCCGUGCCAGUCACAUCCACAACUUUUGCUGUGCCGCCCCUCCAGCCAAAGUGGGAAAAGGGUCCACUGGAGUACACUCAUUCAUUCAUCAGCAACGCAGACAUUGAUAUGGAGCAUUUAAAGAAUGAACUGGCUGGAAAAACGCCAUUAGAGAUGUUUUUUCUUUUCUUUGAUGAUGAUUUGAUAAAUUUGAUUUUAGAUUUUUCUGUGAAAUACGCCCAACAAAACAACAGACGUGGAUUUUGUUUGUCCAAAGGAGAACUUCUGAACAUCCUAGGCAGUAUGCUGUUUUCUGGGUAUCACACCUUGCCGCAAGUUCCGCUCUAUUGGUCAAACUAG